CAAACCUUGUUUCUCUCGUUUGUUUACCAAAGAAAUAAUUGCUAUUACAUAUGCAUUAAUUUCCAUUGUUAAGGGUAAGGACUGCGGUCUUAAUUGGAUUGUAUUGUUUAGCUUGUGAGUCUAUUUCUUUGUAGGACACCCCUGUCAUUAUUGGGAACAGCUCCUGGCACUUCCUUGUUCAAAAGUUUUAUUUUAGGGGAAGGCUUGGUGAAAAGUUGGACACCGGUUUAGAUAUUUCGACGUCAAAUAUUGAGGGCAUGGAUCAUAUUAAUUGUACUUGUUGGCAUGACUAGCGUGUAGCUAUCGCGGUUUUCCCAUGGCUGUGAUUGUUAGAAGCGGGCUAGCGUUUCACUGAGCGGCUCCAUAAAGAGAAAGAUGUCCACGGCUAACGAAGAGAUCCGAGAGAGGUUCCCCCUGCACUCAGCCGUGUGGGAGAAUGACUACAGGACACUGGAGGAACACAUUACUUUACCACAGAAUGACACUGAGGCUGUGGAUCCCAGAGGUCGGACCCCUCUCCACCUGGCUGUGUCGCUGGGGCACCUGGAGUCAGUGAGAGUCCUUCUGAGACAUGGUGCUGAAGUGACUAAAGAAAACAGCAUGAAUUGGACAGCUCUGCAGGAGGCAGUCAGCACCGGAGACCCAGAGAUGGUUCAGUUAGUGCUGCAACGCAGAGACUACCUCAAAGCCUCCACUGCUCUGGGAGGAGUGCCUGAGCUGCUGGCAAAGAUCAGAGAGUCUCCAGACUUCUAUAUGGAAAUGAAGUGGGAGUUCAACAGUUGGAUCCCUCUUCUGUCCCGGGUUUGUCCAAGUGAUGUUUGUCGCAUUUGGAAAAGUGGCGCCAGCCUGAGAGUGGAUGCCACUCUUCUGGGCUUUGAAAACAUGACUUGGAUCAGAGGGCGCAGGAGCUACAUCUUCAGAGGAGAUGAUUCAUAUGCAGAGCUGAUGGAGGUGAACCAUGACGAUGAGGUUGUGGACACUGAACGCUUCAACAUAUCUCAAGAAAUCGAGGAAGUCACACUAGAGUCAAUGCAGCCAGCUGAACAGGAAGUUGCCAAAAGGCUGACCACUCCUAUUGUCAACACCUACUUGGACACCAAGGAAAUGGCUUUUGAGAGGAACAAGUCUGGAAUGUGGGGCUGGAGAGCUGACAAAACUGAAAUGGUCAAUGGAUUUGAUUCAAAGGUUUUCAGUGUGAACAAUGUAAACGUGGUAAUCCGGACAAGGACGGAGCAUCUCACAGACGAGGAGAAGGCCAGGAUCAAAAGUGAAAGGAACAUAUUGGAGUCUCUGCUUGGGACUGUGGAGCAGCACAUAAGUGCACAAGGGGACCUGACGCUUGAGUAUGCAACUGCCACCAAUCCCACUGCCAUCACUCCAGAGGAAUACUUUGACCCUGACUUUGACCUUGGGAACAGAGACAUCGGCCGACCCAUUGAGCUGAGCAUUCGAACGCAGAAGUUCAAAGGUACAUUAUGGAUGAGCGAGGAACAUCCCCUGUCCCUGGUGGAGCAGGUGACCCCCAUUAUCGACCUAAUGGCUCGGACCAGUUCCCAUUUUGCACGUCUGCGAGACUUCGUCACCCUGAAUUUUCCUCCUGGAUUUCCUGUUAAAAUAGAGAUUCCCUUGUUUCAUGUGCUGAAUGCCAGGAUUACAUUUGGUAACGUCAAUAAAUGCAGUACUGAAGAGGAGGCCAUCGCUACACCAGCAGCCACGCCAACAUCCUCAGGAGAAGAGGAAGAAGCUGCAGCAAUGCCUCCCUUUCAGGUGUGUCCUUCAGUGUUUGACGUUCCCGCCACCUACCACCGCAGAGGAGGAACUCGACACGCACCCGUGUCCAACAACGACGAGGAGCUGUUGCAGUACGCCAUCCAUCAGAGUCUCCUGGAGUCUCGCAUGGUCCCUGGCGAGGAUGGAAACUCGGAGGAUGCUGAUGCGGAAUUUACUGACGUCAUGCCCAGUAGCCAGAGUGACAGGAGUAUCCCAGAGGGGGUGCUAGUGGAGUUUGGAGACACCCCGAGCCCCGUCAGCUCGCCCUCGGCCUCCAGCGCUGACUCAGAGCUCCGCCUGGCCAUGGAGCUCUCUGCACGGGCCCAGGAGGAAGAGGAGCGGCUCAGGAAGCAGGAGGAAGAGGAGCUGGCCAUGAUCUUGCAGCUAUCACUUACUGAAAAGUAAAAGGAAAAAAGAGGGAAUAAUAAUAAUAAUAAUAAUAAUAAUAAUAACACAACUUUUCCAGAUCCUGAAGCAACUACCACACCUCAGAAUUCCUCCCUAACCACUGUAGUCAUCUAUGCAAGUGCAGGUUCCUUUCUGUAGCUGAUCGUUCUUGCACAGGCAAUGUCAGACUCUCGCUAUCUAAUAUUUUCCAAAAGGUAUUUUUGGUAAGAACAUAAUCUUUUAUAUAUUUCUAUCUCAGCAUAUUGCAUCUCCAUCCUCAAGGUUAAUUCAUGGACUCUUUCAGAUCAUUUUGGGUUGUUUCUUCUAAUUAUUUAUUUUCUAUCUAAAUCAGAGUAACAGCAGCAACGUGCGUGUGUAGAUCACAUUGUUCUCCGAGGGGGGUCAAAUCAGUGUAAUUAAGGUCCAGUGAACAAAGUGACUACCUAAGUUGUCUUCAUGUUGUGCUGGCACUCAGAUCCAGAGCUCUGUGUACAUGUAGAUGGUACAUGUUGCCUCAGUCCCUGGUUUUUAAAUGGCUAGAAUGAAAUCAGUAGAAAAGCGUCUACUACGGGACAGAUUUGAGUGUCCUCGCUGUGAAGCCUUCCUACAGAGUCACUUUGAAGAGGACCGUGAGCUCACUGAAGAACGGAAAUCUCAGGGUUCCAGUUUUACACAUUUCCCCUUCACUCUGGAGUUAGUUUGUACAUCUAUUGGAAGUUGCCGCUUGGUAAAUCUGUCUUUGGUGCGAAAUCAAAAAGCUCAUGCAUAUCUGCCAUAUCAUUAGAAACAUAGAGGUUGGGUUUAUUGAGGCUUAUAAGUAAAUGCAUUUUCUUGUAUUCUGUUAAUUCACACUCUGCAGAUGGGUGAACAGACACAUGUUUCUAUAAGAAACGUCAAAUCAGCUGCAUGGUAAUGUAACAUCUUUGCUGCAAAAAGGAUGGGGGUUUAACUUUCCCGGCCUGGUUUUUAUUGAAUUUGUUCUCAGAUUUCAUGGUGAGAAUGGAAAUAUUUUUGUUAACUCACUGAGCAGCUUCAAGCACCUCAGUUUAAAACCUCAAUAGCCGUCAUGCAGUUAAAAAGCAGUCACUCAACCAAUGCUGCAGAGAUUAUUCCGAUUCCUCAAGGCUAGCCUUUUGUAGCCACGAACAACUCUUGACCUCUGAGCAAAAGAAGAGACAGCACGGACGCUUGAGAUGCCCGCCAUGUGCAGGAUACGUUUCUUCAGCAUGUGCCAAGGGACUGCUUUGUUCUGACAACGCUUGGUGGGGGAAAGAGGUGGUGAAAAUGUAUUUGGUGCCACUUAGACUAAACUUUUGAACAGUUAUAUUUCCUUUUUUGUACCUUUUUAAAAAAAAAA